GUCCAUAUUAUUACAAAAAAGAAGAAGUCUUCAGUUGAAUCUUCUGACAGAAUCCACGAUUCGACUAUCCAUCUAUGCAAACUCAAUCGAGAACAGCUACCACGAACAAUGGUCCUAUGCUCGGCUCGGACAAUUCCGAAUACACCGAGCAAGGCGCACCGUGCUAUAAUCUUACGACCGAGCAUAUCCCAACGUCGUGACGCAUUUUUCCUCCUCCCAUUGUCAGAAAUCCAACAAACAAUUCAUUCUCGUACUCUCAAGCUAUCAAGGAAGAGAGACACGAAGGUUUCGGAUCAAGUCAAUUGAAAGCACGAAGGUCUCAAAACAUCGACAUAUCAAUUCUCGACCCUUACGUUUUACAUCCCAUUUGGGAGCGAUCACCAACAAUCGACUGUCCCCAAAAUGGAAACCCAACAACAGCAACAGCAACAACAGCCACUACCACCGAUACAAGUCCAAGUAACGGACUCAAACCGCCCCACGAAGCGUCGGCGCCCAGCGCUGUCGUGCGUGGAAUGUCGCAGGCGGAAGGUGAAGUGCGAUCGCCAGCGGCCGUGCGGGCCAUGCGUGAGGACUAAGUCGGAGAGCUGUACGUAUAAGACUUUGCCUCCUAAGCGCGGUGAGGUGAGCGGUAAUAGGGAGGCGUGUGCUGGAUCGGCUGGGGACGAAGGGGUAGAUAUGUUCUCGGGGGGUGGAGGUCACGGUGUUCGGUCUUUUGGGGGGCUAGGACCGAGGGAAUUGGAUGGCACGGUGAAUUCGUAUACGGUGCAGGAUGGUGAUGGUGCCUCGAUGCUUGGAAGAGGGGAUGGGGGUUUCGCGAGCCAACCAGCUUCUUCGUCAUUGCCGUUACCUGCAGAUGCUUUGAACAUGCAAGCAUUGGCGGAUAAGAUUAGGGACUUGGAAGGCAAGUUGCAUAGUCUGACCAACAGUCCUCCUCCUUCUACUACUACCACCACUACUACUGCCGGGGUAAAGAGUGGAGAGAGGAUGGCAACGGCCUUCUCGUCACACCACCCCACUCCCGUAACUCCGAACGGACAAUUCGUCAAAUCGAAGUUCUUUGGCGAGAGCCAUUGGGUCAACUGCAUUGAGCCUUAUGAAGCGUUGGGUAAGUCCUUCACGAAUGUCAACCCGCAAAGCAAUAGGACUGAAGUCAACACAUCGUCUGAACUAUACUACGCCCUGCUGGAGUGUAAAAGGCUUGCCCGUCUGAUCAAAGGCGCAAGGCUGGCUGUCGUUCAACCUUCAGUGUCGGACCUCCCUUCCACGCUGCCCCCAAAGGAUGUGUGUGACAAGCUCGUCAAGGGAUAUCUCCGGACCUUCGAAUCCAUCUUCAGAGUUCUCCACAUCCCCACCUUCCUCGAAGAGUAUGAAAAGUUCUGGGAGGAUAGGUCUGCCGCGAAGCCUUCCGUGUUGAUGAAGGUCAUCCUUGUCUGUGCCAUCGGCGUACCGUUCUACACUGGCGAAGACAAAGGACGCCUCCGCGCAGCCUGCACCAAAUGGAUCCAGGCAGCUGAGGGAUGGCUCAACGGGCCGCACGGCAAAUCUAGAUUGAACCUCACGGGCGUCCAGAUUCACAUUCUGCUCCUCCAGGCGAGGCAGAUGUGCUGUGUAGACGGCGACCUGAUCUGGAUAUCUGCGGGUGCACUGCUGCGCAGCGCGAUGCAUCUGGGCCUGCACCGCGAACCGACGCAGUUCCCGAAGAUAUCGGCAUUUCAUGUCGAGAUGAGACGAAGGCUCUGGGCCACCAUUCUAGAGCUCACGGUGCAGAUGAGUUUGGACAUCGGCAUGCCGCCAACCCUCUCGGAGGAUGACUACGACACUUUGCCGCCGAGCAACCUCAACGAUGAUCAGAUGGACGACACCACGACUGAACUUCCGGCGACGCAUCCCUGGACAACGGGUAUCUGUACGGACACGACUCUGCAGCUCAUGCUACUUGACUCCUUACCUCUACGGCUGCGGAUAACCCGUCGGAUUAACAGUAUCCGCACGCAGCUUUCAUACGCAGAGACGCUCCGCCUGGGAACAACACUGAUGAAUAUAUGCCGUUCGAACCUCGAGCAUCUCCUAUCCCUUCAAGCCGCCAUACUAACGGACUCUUCGACAUCAAGACCAUCGCCUUUCACAAUUAAGCUCAUCGAUAUAUUCGUCCGUCGCUUCGUCCUCGCUCUCCAUAGACCUUUCUUCGGCCGCGCGGUAGACGAGCCAGAGUACCACUACUCCCGAAAGAUAUGUCUAGAUACCUCUUUCAUGCUCAUAGCGCCACCAUCCGCAGCACCAGCACCAGCACCCUCUUCCGUACCUUCCCAUCCCCGAACGGCCGACGAGGUAGGGAAUGUAGAAGAAGAAGGUCGCGACGACUACACCAACCACCUUCACCACGCCGUCGGUUUCCAAAAAUGGUGCCUACUCUACAGCAUCUCGACCAUCUACCUCGAAAUGGUAAACCUCAUCCACGAAUUUCAAUCCUCUCCCUAUCCUCCAGCCACCACUUCGUCCUCCAUACUCACCACGUCCGCGUCCUCGCCCUCGCCAACAGGCGUACCGGAGCAGAUCCGCACCCUCCUCUCGCACAUCCGCGCCUCGUCGUC